AUGGAGGAGGCCAACAUAAUAAAUCUCUCUCUGAACUACGUGGAUUAUGGAUAUGCAGAUUCUCAGCCAGUUACAAAAUACUGGUGCAUAAAAGAGAAUUACAGCGCAUUGAUAAUUGUAGCUGGUUUUAUCGGUGUUUCCCUGUGUGGACUUGUGGGGAAUAUGGUGGUCGUAUGGUUCCUGGGCUUCCAGAUGAAGAAGAACCCCUUCACUGUCUAUGUUCUUAACCUGUCCAUUGCUGACUUCUCCCUGCUCCUGUUCAUUUUGGUUAUCCUUACAUUACACAUUGUUUCAACAGUCUAUGUUACUUCCUUCUUUCAACAUUAUUUGGCAUAUUAUAUCCUGAUGGUUCUGUUCCUGUUUUGCUAUUAUGCCAGCAUGUAUCUCCUGACAGCAAUGAGCAUAGAGAGGUGCGCCUCUGUUUUGUUCCCAAUCUGGUACCGCUGUCAUCGCCCAAAGCACCUGUCAGGCAUCAUGUGUGGGAUACUCUGGGCUCUCGACGGACUUUUUGUUUCUUUGGCUGCUUUGAGCUGUAAUGAGAAGUUGAAUAUAGAUUGUGAACAACUAUUGAAAGGUUUAAGCAUCAUGAAUUUUCUCGUUUUCUGUUUAUUCCCACUCCUUUCCAACCUUUCCCUGUUCAUCAGACUCCGAUGUGGCUCACAGAGACGACACCCCGGGAAACUCUAUGUUGCCAUCCUCCUGAGCGUGAUCUUCAUGUUCAUCUUCGGGUUUCCUCCCACUGUGGUGAUUUUCAUUCAUCUUACUUAUAAAAAUGUGUUUUGCCUUCACGUUUCUUACCUGCUGGCACCCCUGAACAGCAGCAUCAACCCAGUCAUUUACUUCCUGGUGGGGAGCUACCGGCAGCGCCGGUUCCACCAGGGCUCCAUGAAAGUCGCCCUCCGCCGAGUGUUUGAAGAGAAAGCGACGAGUGAGGAGGAGAGCCGUGUGCCUGAGGACGCUACGGUGGAGACCACUGUCUAA